AUGAAGGAUUUGGGCCCAUCGCGGUAUUGUCUUGGUAUUGAGGUAGUUUCUUCUCCCAAAGGCUACUUUUUAUCUCAUGCCAAGUAUGCCAAUGAGGUUAUUCAUCGUGCCAAUCUCACUAACACUAAGAUUUCUAAUACCUCCGUUGAGCUUAAUGUAAAGCGCAACACUACUGAUGGUGUUCUUCUGGAUAAUCCUACUUUGUAUCAAGAGCUCGUGGGUUGCUUAGUCUAUCUGACGGUUACUCGUCUUGAUCUUGCCUAUGUUGUUCAUGUGCUAGAGCAUUGUGCCAAAGACUUAUUGCAAGAAGGAAUGAGGGAUAAGAAGGUGAGAGAAGAAGUGAGAACAUUCCCCAGUAGCAGCAACGAUCUGCAGAAAUCGUCGUCGUCUUUGCUCGCCGAUUGGAACGCUUACGCAGCCGCCAAAGAGUCCGAAGACGCUGAUUCCAGCUUAGGCUUCGAUCUCGAGGCCGCCGUCAGGACCGCCAACGAUAAGGUCUCCGGCACUUUCAGCCAGGUUUCGAAAGGAGUGAGGGAUAUACCAGGGAACUUUCAGUCUGCCACAAGCAGUGUCCCUUCUGGAAAAUCUCUGAUGUACUUUGGUUUACUCCUUGCGACGGGAGUGUUUUUUGUCUUCAUCGCAUUCACCAUGUUCCUUCCUGUCAUGGUGCUAAUGCCUCAGAAAUUUGCUCUCUGCUUUACUAUUGGAUGUGCCUUGAUUAUUGGCUCAUUCUUUGCCCUCAAAGGUCCUAAGAAUCAGUUUGAACACAUGUCAUCAAAAGAGAGGCUUCCUUUUACAUUGGGAUUCAUUGGCACCAUGGUGGGUACGAUUUAUGUUUCCAUGGUGCUUCACAGUUAUAUUCUUUCUGUGCUCUUUUCCGUGUUACAGGUCCUUGCCCUGUCAUACUAUGCUAUUUCCUACUUCCCUGGAGGAUCUAUUGGAUUGAAGUUUCUUUCUUCAACACUCACAUCAUCGAUACUAAAAUGUUUUGGAAGGUGACAAAAAUGUAUGCUUGUCAAUAGAUUUUCCAUUUUCUUCAGGUCAAUCACUUGAUUGAUAUAAAUUUAUUGUUAGGAUUGACUUGUUUUAACAUUCAGUGGUUAAUGGCAUUGAGAAUUACUUUUCAUUGGGAAUUUUACAUUUA